AAGUAAUUACUGCAUGCAGACCCGCGCGUGCGUGUGCAAAAUUCGAACUGGUACAACAAAAGCGAAAUUAGAGAGGAAGGAUUAGGAAUAGGAUCAUGAGUAUAAGUACGUGACACAAAAAAAGAAAUGCGAGAAGAUGAUUCGCCCGCUGCCGAUUUUGCUCAGGAGUUGGACGACACCCGUGUGUCCGACGGCGGGCGUGCCAGGCGACAUCAAGCCCUUUUCCCUUUAUCAACCAGGGCAAAGGGAGUUUUGGCAAAACGCAUGCGGCAAACAAGGCAACUACCCUUCAAUUUGGGAACAGUGUCAGUGACCGUCAUCAACAGUCGCGUGCACAACAGACGGCUGGCACAAAAAUUACGAGUUCUUGUGUGA